AAGGGGCCUCUGCGCCUGUUGUACGUCAUCGGCUAUAACGAAUCCGUAGACGUGCUAGCUAUUUAAUACUGAGCCACCUGACUUCCUGGAUCUGUGCACUCCGAAUACGAACGGGGCGAAUUCGUCAAGGUGCAGCCGAGCUCGGAAAUUCAAGGUUGCAUGGUAUCAAGUUUAAACUCCACACAGACGACUUGUUUAUCGGGGUUGCUGAUUGCUGGGAGCCGGGAUGGACUCAAAGUCUUUCAGAUUUCCCUUUUGCCUGUCAACUUCACCAUACACCUACACGACCAGAGCGUCCUCGGCGUCACUGGCCUCCAGCGGAUUGUCCAGCCGGGAAACUCUGCCUCCUCGCGAUCGCUUCCCGAGAGGAUCAUCCACAUACAAAGCAGAUAUGGAUCAAAAGAGUUCUCACUUUGCGAGCUCGUCGAGAGACUACGGCAGUUCCGACUCGCGGAGCAGCAGAUGGAAGCUCCACUCACCUCUCGCAUCUUCCAGCCGAUCUUACGAGCAUCCGAGGGCGGAAUCUUCAGUCAGCAGCAGGACUAAACUGACUGACUCGGAGGGGAGGUUCGGCCAUUCCACUCUGUUGGCCAGCACUGUUGAUGGUGACAAAAAGAGAGCCAAAUUGACCUACAGCAACAGAGGCCUGUACUCAAAAAUGCCCAGUGCCUCUUCUACGGGAUCCACCUACUCCAGUAGUGGACUUAAUAACGCCAGAGCAGGCGUUAAAGAGAAACACAGUGAGCCUUCGGAGCAGUCGUGGAGCUCCAGCCGUUUUCUCUCGCGGUCUUCGCCUUUCUGCUCGAAGCCACUCGCGUCCAGUAGAGAUGAAGAGAGGCAGGAUGACAUUGAGCUGCGAGAAAGAAGGGCACGAUUCCAGGAACUGAAGUCUUCGUUGUACCAGACGAACCGUCUGACGUCCACGUAUGCCCAAGGAGCUCGGCCCAAAGAUAAAGCCUACUCCUCUUGUUCCUUCACUGAUGGGCGAGAGAGCGCCCCGGGUGGUCACGUCGCGUCCACCUCCUUCGCCAGUCGCUCAUCUGCGCCACGCGACUACAAUAACAGACCCUCGUCACGCUUGUUGACCGCCUCGUCCCGCCGUGCCUCAUCUCAGGAACAGCCUUCCCCUCUCAGGCCGGAAGCCCUGCUACCGCCGAAACCCGCCCCCGAAGGCGGCGACGCCCAAGGGCGUACCUCAUCCCGGCACCUUUUAUCUCGCCUCUUCUCGCCCGGCCCCAGCCCCCAAAACUCCUCCUCCUCCUCCUUUUCCAGCAGCCUGUCUAGCGUCCGCUCGUCGGAUGAUGACAGUCUUUCUUUGGACAGCGACGAGGGCGCCAGCAUGUCGGCGGAUGUGGAGCCGGCCUCCCGCAGGUGCCCAGCAAGCACACCUGAAUCUAGGCAGCGCAGAGCGGAUCCCUCUUUGAUUUGGGAGAACGACGAUUUUGGACUUGGCCGAUCCAGGGCGACGCUGGCCCGAGAGCCUGAAGUAGAGAACAGUGACUUUGGCAGCGGCGGGAACUCCUCCUGGCUUUCGUCCUCACUCCAGAGCCGCUGCUCUCCUCUCCUCUCUCGUCUUCGAAGACACACACGGGAAGAGAGCGCGCGUUCCACUGCCGGCCUUCGCCGUCCUCAACACUUGCUGAGAAGGUGGAAUGACCUCGAACUGAGAGCGCCUCAAGAGCAGGAUGAGGACGACGAAGAAGAGCAAGGGGCAGUGGGUCUGAAUCUGUUCGGCGCGGCGUGCCCUCGCAGGCAAGAGGAAGACAAGCUACCCCAAACGGAGGAAAGUUUAGUGGGGUUGGCGCAGGGCCGCAGAGGCCCGCCACUUCACAACAAGGCCGCUGGGCCGCAGGUUGGUGCUGAGAUGGCGCUGGACGGCGCAAGGAGCAAGCAAGAGAAGCUCCGCAUUAUUAAGGAGAGACUCCUGCUGGAAGAUUCCGACGAGGACGAAGGAGACUUGUGCCGAAUCUGCCAGAUGGGAGAGGAGUCGACGUCAAACCCCUUGAUCCAACCCUGCCGCUGCACUGGAAGUCUGCAGUACGUCCACCAGGACUGCAUCAAGAGAUGGCUGUGCUCCAAAAUUGGCUCCGCUACCAACCUGGCAGCCAUCACGAAUUGUGAACUGUGCAAGGAGAAGUUGCGCUUGAACAUCGCCAACUUCGACAUCCAGCAGCUGUACAGAACACACGCGCAGUCAGAAUAUGACAACUUCAUCAGCAGUGGUCUCUAUCUGGUGGUCCUGUUGCAUUUUUUUGAACAGAGGUUCUCGGAUGUCCUGGGAGCAGUCGACGCGGCCGGGUUAUUUAACCUGGUGAGAAUUCUUCCAGAACAUGUGGACACCCAAGAAAAUCCCACCGAAGAAAGUGACGGCGAGGAGGAAGACGGCAGACCGUCGAUCGAGUUCUCCGACCUGGACGACGAUCUUGACGAGGAGGAAUACUGACCGUCGUCACGUAACGAGAGCUUUAUGAGCAUUUCAUUCCAUAUCCUUGAUUAUCGUCGCUGGCCGGCGCUAUUGUGCAGUAGUGGGGGCGAACUUGACCAGCAGGGUAGCGGACGGAAUCGUCUUACUGGUGAGGACAAAGGUCGGAACAGUAUUACAAUAAGGACCCAAAGAUGAAUAUCAAGGUUAUGGAAUAAAUGCGUGAUGCACAUUUUGGCUUUGAUCACGCGCUCUGGGAACAUUUGACUUGACUUUUUGAUUUACACACAAGUGCAAACUUGGAACUAAAUUGUCGUGAAAGAUGUUGCUUAGCAACAUGCAUUUAGGUUUGGACGUGAUUUGCGCUUUAUUCAGAAUAAUUCAGUAUAAAUGCAACCACAAGUGCUUUUGUUGAAGUGGUUUAAUGGAGUGGAAGAGAGGAAAGAAAAAAAAAAAAGUAAAUGAUUUGUCAAUUCUUUUUAUUUAAUUUUUUUUUUCCCCCAUUUUUGGUCCGCUCUUCCUUUUUUGAUUGCAUGGGUGUCUCGCUCAUUGUCUUCAUUUCAGUGUUCAAAUGUUAAAGGCUAAACUGUUUGUGUUGCAUUAUAGAAAUAAAUGAUUUUAAAAGAGA